CCAUCGGGAAUACUUUUACGCAAAAUGAUUCGUGCCCUUGUCCUUCUGUGCAUGGCCGUUCUACCUGUCGUACGAUGCCACAAGAUCCACGAACACAUGACAAGGGAAGAGAUGUUAUCGGUGUUUCAAACGGGACACGAGUCUGUACCGACGUACGAAAUCGUGCCUGUGCUACAUUCGGCGCACAAGAGGAGCACGGAGCAGCCGGAGAUACACCUGAAAGCAUUUGGGAAGGACAUCAGUCUGUCACUGAAGCAAACGGAAGGGUUGCUGACAGCGAACCGCUUGCCGAUGUGGACUGUCAUGAAGAAUGCGUCGCAACCUGACGGCCUCCACUACGAGAAGGUGACAGGCGCCGACACAGAUAUCGGUGACAUCUAUCAAGACACGACGAACAUGGCGUCCAUUCUACUGCACCGGGACGCAAAUGGGAAAGUGCUUGUUAAUGGCAACAUCGGCUCAGAAUUGGUGAUCAAACCGCUGCCGCAUCGAGUACUGCACGAUGUGGUCCGCAGGACUACGUCUCUUCACCGGGCCGAGUUGUUACCGAACGUGACGCGAAGUAAAGAAAAGUUGAAACACACCUGUCAUCACGUGGUCUUUAAGAAAAUACCUGGAUCCAGUUACGACGAGUACAGUGAUUUCACGCUGAUGGAGCCCGAUCAUUUAGCGAAAAGGUAUAGAUCGAAACGCUCGAUCGGCAAUAGACCGAAAAGGGAAGCGCCGUACGUGAUUUAUCCGGAAAUCCUCUGUAUCGUGGAUUACGACGGAUACAGGUUGCAUGGCGGUGAUAAUGUACAGAUCAAAAGGUACUUUGUGUCUUUCUGGAACGGGGUAGAUUUAAGGUACAAGCUGUUGAAGGGGCCAAAGAUCCGUAUCAGUAUCGCAGGAAUCAUUAUCUCACGAGGUCGGGACGCCACGCCGUAUUUGGAAAGGAAUCGCGUGGGACGAGACGCGAUUGAUUCGGCGGCUGCGCUAACAGACAUGGGCAAAUACCUCUUCCGGGAGAGAAGACUUCCGGUUUACGACAUAGCUGUCGCCGUCACGAAAUUAGAUAUGUGCAGGAGGCAAUACGCGAAUGACGUGUGCAAUAGAGGAACCGCAGGUUUCGCGUAUGUGGGUGGAGCCUGUGUUGUAAAUAAGCGUCUUGAAAAAGUGAAUUCCGUCGCUAUUAUCGAGGAUACCGGCGGAUUUAGUGGAAUUAUCGUCGCUGCCCACGAAGUCGGUCAUUUGUUGGGCGCAGUUCACGAUGGGUCACCACCGCCCAGUUAUCUUGGGGGACCUGGAGCGGAAAAAUGUCGUUGGGAAGAUGGAUAUAUCAUGAGCGACUUGAGGCACACCGAGAAAGGUUUCAAGUGGUCUCACUGUAGCGUGUCGUCGUUCCAUCACUUCUUAAACGGUGAUACAGCAACGUGUUUGUAUAAUGCACCUCACGAAGACGAGGCAUUUCCUAGAGUUCUACCCGGAAAGCUGCUCUCGUUGGAUGCACAAUGUCGAAAAGACCGUGGAACCAGUGCUUGUUUCAAAGAUGACAGAGUUUGUGCUCAGCUGUUUUGUUUUGAUGCUGGUUCGGGUUAUUGCGUGGCGUAUCGUCCAGCGGCCGAAGGCUCUCCCUGUGGUGAUGGUCAGUACUGCCUCAAUGGAAAGUGCGUGGCCGAACAUGAGAACAUUAUACCAGAUUAUACACAAAACAUUCCAACGUAUGUACGCCGAGACGGCACUUAUAACCCUACAGUCCAUAAUCGGCCUCUAUUCGCUCAAUACAACAACACAGAGUACAGGUAUCCGUGGGAAUCGACGACACACAGCACGCCGCAAUCGAAAUUUAAAUAUUCCUCGUCGUUCGCGAACCUCUUCUCGUCGACGCCGACGUCGACAAGCACACCAUACAAUCGGCCGACGCCAUUCGCGGCGACCACCGCAUCGAAAUAUACGAACACGACUGCGAAUUAUUUGUACGCGAACAAAUACAAGACUAAAGUGAACAAUAACGACGAUAAUAGUAGUAAGAACAAAUACGGUACCAGCACCACUAGGAAGUAUGCAAACUACGCGAACUCGUAUCACACCGUUAGCCCGUCCUCGAAAGUCACUAGUGAACCGAGUUACCCGAAAAUUAGCCCGUUCAAAUAUAAGACCACUGUCAGCAUGAUGUCGUUCCCGACAACAACCAAGGGAGAUCCGUACGGGCUUCAGACGAACGGUAGGGAACCAGAGGACGAUGAAUGCACGGACGUCGGGUCAGAUUGCGCGGAGCUGAUUGACAGGCUGAGAACAUGGCUGUGCCAUUUGCAAUCUGUGAAGAAACGCUGCUGCGCGUCCUUAAAGACAAUUUGCACUGUUUGAAUCAAUGGAGAGAGAGCGAGAGAGAGAGAGAGAGAGAGAGAGAGAGAGAGAGAGAGAGAGAGAGAGGAUGAAUGAUUUGAAUUGAUUACAGGACUGUUUUCGCAUGGCAAUGUCUACCACAAACCGUGAUCCGACAUGCAUAAAGAAUCGGCGUGCACUCAGCAAGCGCGUUCAGCUCAUCGAGUCGAAACCUCGACGGAAAUGAGACCUAAAUCGUGUUCACGGAGUUCUAACGGAAAAAACUUUCUUCCGAAUGACAUUCCUGAAGUCCUGGAUGCGACCCACAGCCGUAACCGCGCAUCAAAGUGCAACUACCCUCGCCCACCCUC